AUGACCACUUUUGACGACAUCUUGGAGGAAGCUGGGAAGUUCGGCCGCUGUCAGAAGCGGAUCUUCGCCCUGCUGUGUAUGGUGUCCAUGCCCUGGGCCGGUGUGUACGUCGGCAUCGUCUUCCAGGGUUUCACCCCGGAUCACUGGUGUCGGGACUCUGCGGUGGUGGAGAUGAGGCAGGCGUGCGGCUGGAGCCUGGCAGACAGUCGCAGGCUGACGGUGCCUCUGGUCAACAGCUCUGGGGUGCUGCAGCAGAGCAGCUGUGAGCAGUACAAGGUGGACUGGAACAGCACAGGACUCACCUGUGACACCCAGGAACUGGACCUCAGCAAGACUCCCACAACAGCCUGCAAAGAGGGCUGGGAGUACGACUACGAGGGCAGACAGUCCUUUGUUACUGAGUUUGACUUGGUGUGUUCAGAUGGAUGGUUGGUGGACAUGUACCAGGCCACUCUCAAUGUGGGAUUCCUUGUUGGAAGCAUUGCUAUUGGUUACCUGGCCGACAGGUUUGGCAGGAAAAUGAGCUUCCUGAUGUCCAACCUGUUGAAUGGGAUCGCAGGGAUCCUGGUUGCCGUGGCUCCGGACUACGUGUCUUUACUGAUUUUCAGAACGCUUUACGGGUUUGGAGUGAAAGGAGGCUGGGUGGCUGGAUACGUACUGAUCACAGAGAUUGUGGGAGUGGAGUACAGACGUACGGUGGGAGUCCUUUACCAGAUGUUCUUCAGCGUCGGCAUCCUCCUCCUCCCUCUGCUCGCCUACUUCAUCACCGACUGGCGCUGGCUGCAGGUCGUCAUCACCGUCCCCUACAUCAUCUUCCUGUCCUACUACUGGUUCAUCCCUGAAUCUCCAAGAUGGCUUCUCUCUCAGAACAAAAAGACCCAAGCUGUGAAGAUCACAGAGGACAUGGCCAAAGAAAACAAGAGGACUCUCUCCAAAAACAUCGAGACUCUGAAAGAUGAUAACGCCGACUCCUCUACCGCCUCCUUCAUGGACCUUAUCAGGACUCCCAAAAUGAGAAAACACACUUUCAUCCUCAGCUACAACUGGUUCACCAGUGCUGUGGUGUACCAGGGCCUCAUCAUGAGGCUGGGUAUCCUGGGAGGAGACGUCUACAUCGACUUCCUCAUCUCUGGCCUGGUGGAGUUCCCCGCAGCCUUCCUCAUCCUCUUCACCAUCGAACGUAUCGGCCGGCGUCUCCCCUUCGCCUCCGCCAACAUCGUCGCCGGAGCCUCCUGCUUCAUCACUGCCUUCAUCCCUGACAGUAUGUUCUGGUUUAAGACGGUGGUGGCCUGCAUCGGUCGGCUGGGUAUCACCAUGGCCUUCGAGAUGGUGGUGUUUGUUAACACUGAGCUCUACCCGACGUUUGUCAGGAACCUGGGAGUGUCAGUUUGUUCCACUCUGUGUGACGUUGGAGGCAUCGUCGCUCCGUUCCUGCUCUACAGACUGGCUGUCAUCUGGCUGGAGCUGCCACUCAUCAUCUUCGGGUCUCUGGCUUUCCUGGCUGGUGGUUUGGUGCUGCUGCUCCCUGAGACCAGAGGCGUGCCGCUGCCCGACACCAUCGAUGACAUCGAGUUCCCCGACAGGGUGAAGGAGAAAGCUGAGCUGAAGAACCAGCAGACGACCAACUUGUUGCCCAACAACAACGUAACGACCAACAAAGAUCCAGCAACUGUCUAACCUCUUCCUGAGACCAAAGUAUUUAUUUAUGUUGUUUAACAGUGAAUAAAUCUGCUCAUAUGUUUCUUUGUUAAGCCUUGGGGUCUGGUGAUGUUGGGUGUUAUAUUAAUAUGUGAGUAUUUUUAUUAAGAGUCAAUGGACUAGGGUCAGAAUUAUUAUAUUGUAAGAAUUAUUACAGAACUGCAUUAUUAAAUUAUUAAAGAAUUUUCUUUUAACACAACUCAAGACUCAGUGUUUUC